CAAAAUCACUUACACAUUUACACACAAGUGAAGAAUUAACUCAGAAAAAUAUGGAAAAACCGGAAAAACCAACUAGGAAAAGGAGAUUCCUAGACAAGCCCAUGAAGAAGUGGACAUUCGAGGAAGAGAAUAAGAUUCUCGACUAUCUCAUUGGCCAUCAACCGAUUGAGAUGCCCACUGGAAGAGCCUACUAUCAGCAAUUGGUCGAUGAUUUCAACUGGAGCGUGGCGCCAACGCUGGUGCGCUUCAAAGUCGCCAAUAUGCAGAGAAUUUACUACAAAACUCUAGAAUGGAGACAAGCGACCAUCGAGAGUGGGAAUUACAAUGAUGACAUGAUUAAAGACUAUUUGAAGAAACGCUGUCCGCACUUCAGGAAGCUGGCAAUCCUCUUCGCCUCCAGUGAGAAAGCUAAGAAAGCCACAAAGUCCUUGGUAUCACACAAAGUGGAUGAAUCGAAUGGACAAACUGAGAAUCUGGACAAGAUCGAUAUUCCCCCGGCAAAUGCGGAAAUGCUGGAAGCCUUCAAGGUGGAGUACGAAGAGCCAGACUUGUCCUGGAUCUCACAAGCAUCCUCGCCAGAGUGUUCUCGCCUCCCGGCCGCUACUGCUGAAUCUGGAGAUCCUCUGCGGGAUCUGGACAGCACUCUCUAUGCCAGAGGCGGUUCGCGCGAGGCGAUGGAGCUGAAGAAGGAGCAAAUGUCUCUCCAGUGGAUGCGGCUGGAGAUUGAGAAGCAGAAAGUGGAGCUGCAGCGUGAGCAGCUGCAGGAGGAGGCCAAGUACAAAGUGCUGCAGCUGGAACAGCAGGAACGCAUCAGGAAGCACCAAAUCGACCGGGAAACCGAAGUUCGGAAGUACGAAUUGUCGCUCAAGUACAAAGCUGAUCUCAAGUCUGAAAUGUAGACAAAGUCGGGGUGGAAGUGAAUAAAAAGGGAGGAAA